AUGCCACAUAAAAAGCCGGCUAGAACAUGGACGCAGGCAGAAAAAAAUCAUCUUCAGGAUUUACUUCAAGAAAGACACGAUGAGGGAAGGUAUUGGAAGGACAGUAGAACUAGUAGAAAGUUUCUCACCAAGAAGAUGAGUGAGGUAUUUCCGCCUAGAGGCCAGCCUGGCGGUCGAGUGUUCUUUGUAAGACAUGUGAAGGAAUAUUUGAGACAGUGGGUAGGAUAUCAUCCGGAUCCCAGGCAAGUUGAGAUGCCAGAUAGUGACACGGACUCGGAGGAAGAAGGGGGAGAUGAGGAAGAUGACGAUGACGAUGACGAUGAUGACGGAGGCAGAGAAGCAGUGUCAGAUGAAGCGCCAGAGGAACAAGGAGAAGAUGAACAGGGUAGCCAGGAGGCACAAGAUGCAGGAGAUCAAGAUGAAGAAGGAGAGGAUGGUGAUACGGAUGAGGAGAGGGGGAGACGGCGUGAGUGGAGGGCGGGAGGGAAGAGCAGUGCAGCGGAAGCCCGAAAGGCGAACAAGAAAUUGCCAAAGAGAGAUCAAUAG